UUUGAUAACGCAUCGUCGAUUCAGCGCCAUGAAAGGAUUCGGGACCGUCUUCGUCGCCGCGAGUCUCCUGCAGAUCGUUCUCGUUAGUGCCAAGGUACCUGACUGGGUGACUCCGGAGAUGCUGGCCAUGGUCAAAGACGAUAAGGAAACCUGCAUGAGUACCCACAGUACUACCCAAGACAUGAUCGACCAGGUGGACAACGGUUUCGUACCUGACAUAAGGAGCCUGAAAUGCUACAUGCACUGCCUGUUCGAGGCCAUCAGCAUGAUCGACGAGGACGGCAACUUGGAGGUGGAGCUGAUGACAGGAAUGUUGCCGGAGAACAUGCAAGACGACGCCCGAAAUGUCCUGGAUAAGUGCAGCAAAGAAGAUGGCGCUGACGAGUGCGAGAAGGUUUACAACAUAGCCACGUGCAUCGGAAAGGCGAACCCGAAACUGAUGGUCAUCAUAUAAUUGCGACGCAAUGGCGGAUCGUGCUCUACAGGACAAUACGCUAGCUAAACAAAGCGCUCGGUGAACGCGAUGAUUCGCUCGAAUAAAAUGUACGUACCCAAUGCGCAGCACCUCGGAUGCUAAAUGUAUGCAAUGUAACAAUGGAUUAAAGGAAGCCGAGCACAGACGGCAAGCAACGUGCAUACGUGUGACUAACGCGACAUACCUGACUCCUCUAACGUGCUAUGCGUACAAGUACCAUGUACGAACAAACGUAGAGAUAUGCAGAUACAUAUACAUACGAUUAAUCUAAGGAUCGUGUGAAACAAUGAAAUAAAUGCAGGUGUUAGUAA